AUGGAAUACGAUACAAAGACCCCCAAAUCCGUCACCAGCGACCCGACGUCGUUUGCCCACGACUCUGUGCGAAACCGCUGGCCGGUUAUCCUGACUGGCGCCAUUGACGACGUCUACCGCGCCGCCCAUUCCGCCGACCCCGAGAAGCACGCUGAAGGCAAUAAGAUUAUUCAGCGGCUGGUCGAUCUGAAAUACGGCGUUCUUCACGACUACAAGCUUACCCCCAUUGUCGACGAUGGCUACCCCGACGAGAUUGCUCGCUACAACAAAGAGAUUGAGCAGUUGGGCGAGCCUACAUGGUUGGACGUCCCGUGGCUGUUCUCCGAGUGCUACAUGUACAGACGCAUCAGCACCUUUUUCAGUCUCUCCAAGCACUGGAAGAACUAUGACAUCUUUUCCCGCCAGAAGAUGGACACGUUCCGUACCUCUCGCAAUGCAGUUGUUGAGCUAGCUUCCCGAUACAAGGAGUUUGUCACGGAGCUUCGCUCUAACAAAGAUGCAACUCAUGACGAGGAGGCCGAGAAGCUUCUCUUCACCGAAAUGUUCGAGAUCUGCCUCUGGGGCAACGCAACCGACCUAUCUCUGCUCACCAACCUCACCUAUGAGGACAUCCAGAAGCUUCAGGGAAGCCAGGCUCGCAAGGCGGCAGAGAAGAACAUUCUGAUCAACCACCUCCCCGAGGCUUACGCUAUCCUCAAGAAGGCCCGCGAUGAAGGCAAGAAGGAGCGCCGUGUUGAUUUUGUCCUCGACAACUCGGGCUUCGAGCUGUACGUUGACCUCGUCCUGGCCGGAUUCCUCCUUACCUCUGGCCUGGCCACCCACAUCAUUCUCCAUCCCAAGUCAAUCCCCUGGUUUGUGUCUGAUGUCCUGCCUGGCGACUACUGCCUUCUCCUGAACGCCAUUGCCGAACCCAGAAAGUUCUUCGAGACUCAGUCCGACGAGGAGAAGGCGCAAGACAAAACCCCGGCUCCUUUGGCUGACAAGGAGGCCGAGGACCUCCUCUUUGUCGCCCAGGAGUGGACUAAGCUCUUCAAGGAGGACCAGAUCAUCUUGCGCCCUAACCGCUACUGGACUGCUGGUGGCAGCUUCUGGCGCCUGCCUGCAGAGGCUCAUGACCUUCAUGAGGACAUGAAGCGUGCCGAGCUCACCAUCUUCAAGGGUGACCUGAACUACCGAAAGCUCACCGGCGAUGCUCACUGGGAUCCCACUACCCCGUGGACCACCGCCCUCGGCCCCAUGGGCCCUGGAUCCGGGAUCAACGUCCUUUCUCUGCGAACCUGCAAGGCUGAUGUUGUUGUUGGCCUUCCGGCUGGCAAAGACGAAGAAUUGAGGGCCACUGAAGGUGGCGGUGGUGAUACUGGCGCCAGACGAUGGGCUUGGCACGGGAAGUGGGCGGUUGUUUGCCUUUCAAAGGGUUCAUAG